CUCUCUCUCUCCCCCUCCCCUGCCCUGUGUAGUCGGAGCGAAGGCGACAUGGCCGGCUCGCAGCCGAGCAUCCGCCGAUGGACGACGAAGCACGUGGCACGCUGGCUGCGCGAGGAGGGCUUCUGCGACUACGUGGACCUGCUGUGCAACAAGCACCGGCUGGACGGCCUGAGCCUGAUGGCGCUGAGCGAGUACGACCUGCGCUCGCCGCCGCUGGAGCUGCAGGUGCUGGGCGACAUCAAGCGGCUCAUGGUGUCGCUGCGGCGCCUGCAGAAGCAGCACGUCGACGUGCUGGAGGAGCUGGGACUCACCUGCGACGGACACUCCCUGCAGGGCGGCGGCGGCGGCGGCGGCGGCAGUGACUGGCUCUGCAACGGAGACUCUGGGCGCGAUUAUGAAGGCUCGCCGAGCAACGGCGGCGGUGCGGAUCACCAGUACCACCAGUGUUACCAGUACAGCAACGGCAAACACAAGCAGCAGGGCCGGCGGCUGGACCCGGAGUACUGGAAGACCAUAGUGAGCUCGAUGUACGUGAUGGUGGUGUUCGGGUUCACCUCCUUCGUCAUGGUGAUCGUGCACGAGCGGGUGCCUGACAUGCGCACCUACCCUCCCCUGCCUGACAUCUUCCUGGACAGCGUGCCGAGAAUCCCGUGGGCCUUUGCCAUGGCCGAGGCGUGUGGGGUGAUCCUGUGCAACAUUUGGCUGUUGGUUCUGCUUCUGCACCGGCACAGGUCUAUCCUCCUGCGGCGGCUCUGUAGCCUGAUGGGGACAGUGUUCAUGCUGCGCUGUGUCACCAUGUUUGUCACCUCCCUCUCUGUGCCGGGCCAACAUCUCCAGUGCUCAGGAAAGAUGUAUGGUGACAUGUGGGCCAAGCUGCACCGUGCCAUAGCCAUCUGGAGUGGGUUUGGAAUGUCCCUCACAGGCGUCCACACAUGUGGAGACUACAUGUUCAGCGGCCACACGGUGGUUAUCACCAUGCUCAACUUCUUUGUCACUGAAUACACUCCUAGGAACUGGAAUUUCCUCCACACCCUCUCCUGGGUCCUCAACCUGUUUGGCAUCUUCUUCAUCCUGGCCGCGCACGAGCACUACUCCAUCGACGUCUUCAUCGCCUUCUACAUCACUACCAGACUCUUCCUGUACUACCACACACUGGCCAACACGCGCGCUUACCAGCAGAGCCGGCGCGCCCGCAUCUGGUUCCCCAUGUUCUCCUUCUUCGAGUGCAACGUCAACGGGCCUGUACCCAACGAGUACUGCUGGCCCUUCUCCAAGCCCACAUGCAUAAGGAGAUUAAUCGGGUAAAGUUCGUCUGUGCGGCUCCAACUGGUACAGAAGCUGCUGGAAAGGAGCGAGAGAGAGAGAGAGAGAGAAAGAGACUUCAGAAGGGCACAUGCUGAGAUUGAGGUGUCAUGUCAGUGUCUCGAGCUGCCAGAUUGUUUGCAAUAUCUUUCUUUUGUAUUUUCUUUUGUUUUUGGGAGGAGAGAGUUGCUUAAUGUUUUAAUUUUUUCAAUAAUUAUUAUUUGUUUUGGCACAUAGCCUAACCCUGCCAUAUUUCCUCCUGUGGUCUGCUGGGUGGCUCAGCAGUUGGAGUGGUUACCCCACUGCGGUGGACCUGGUAAAAGGGAUUAAACUAAAUUUGUCGGCUCCUCCGCAAGCUUGAAAAUCUGAGUCUCACAAGGGUUUUAGGAAGAAAAAAGAGAAAUAGCCACGUUCUUUAAACGAAAUACAACACAAACAGGAAAAACACAGAACCUAAUUUGCCAUUAGACAGAUGAAAAAUGACGCAAUCAUGAAUGAUGACUCAGAAAAGCCUUAGGAUAUUAAACAUAAAACAGGGUUUCAAUUGAGAGACUGUUUAUGAAAACAGACUUGUCAAGCCAUCAUGCAUGGCCAUUUUAUUGUGUCAACAUAUGUUCAGUAAACCAGAGAACAGUAUUACAUGUACAGAAAUAAAUGGAAAGUUUUGUGUUACAAGAAUUCAUAAGAUAUGGUACCUUUUUUUAUUAUGAUGCAUUCCGUCAAACCCUGUCAUAAAAUUGUAUUAACUAGAUACAUUAAUUUGGAACUCUGAUGAAACAGUAUUGACAGUCAUUUACUAACCAUGUGACUAAUGUUUCCAUUAACAGAAAUAUUUUAUUUAGAUGCUGAAGUAGAUUGUGCUUCUUAUUUGCCAACUUGCGCACAGAGCUUUCGCAUUCCUUAACAAACUCCUGAUACUAUUUGAGCAGUCAUUGACUGCUUUUGCUAAAAAAAAAAUGAAAGAAGUAUGUUUUUUUUUUUUCUUUUCUUUUUUUUAAAAAUGGCUGCUGUGUUUGUGAAGCAGAAUGUCAGAUUCCCUUAUACUUGUGCUGUUGUCGUUUUGCCUUGCUGUUGCUGUCAAAAUCAUGUUUUGUUUGAAAAGGAUCUGGACACUGUCCCAAUGAUCAAGCCUAUUGACGCCAAAAUAUGGAGAGAACACGGUGAACAUAUUUGUCUUAAUGAUCAUCCUGUUUGCCAAUUUUGUUUGGAUGUUGUAUAUUGUGUACAAAAAGGUUUAUUGGGUAAUGUUUUGAGGGUUUUUUUUUUUUGCCGUUGUAUUUGCUGCAUUGUAAUGUCACGUGUUAAAGGUAUGGGUUGGUGUACCUUUUUUGUUUACAAUUUACAGGUGCAAUUUGCAGUAUGACGACAACCACGUGUCCCUGUGAAAAAAGAAAAAUGAAAAUACUGCAGCAAUGUUUGUCCUUCCUAGACUCUUUGAAACUGUUUGUCUUAAUUUAUUGAUGUGUAUGUCAAAGGAUAAAGGGUAUUGUUUUCUACAUUUAAACAUUAAUUCAGAAGGUACCAACUAACACUGGAAUAGCUACAAAAGUAAAUGGAGCAUUUUCUAUGCAGAAAUGGCCACAUAACACUUUAUAACACUGUAAAUUAUGGCUACUUUGUUAAACCAAUCUACACAACAAAAUGUCAACCUGUUACAGGUGUAGCCAUAUGUGCCCUGCGUUAGGAAUUGUUAAAAUACCAUGGCUGAAUUGAAUUAAUUUUGUUUAAGACAAAUGGCAGUUGUUUUGAAAUGGUUUUGAUCAACCUAAUCAUAUGAGGACUUAGCAAUAAUUUGUUUAACCCCAGCUAGUUCUUAGUUUGUUGAAUAGGCCUGUUGAAUAUUUUCUGUAAAUUAAAACGGUCUGACACUAUUAAAACAGUUUACAAUUGA